UCCAUUUUUCCGCAAGCAAUGGAAUAAAGAUCUCACCUUGUCCCACAUCAGCAGAUCGCCUCCUCUCUCUCUCUCUCUCUCUCUCUCUCUCUCCAAACUGAGACUCGGUCUUCUCCUCUGUUUCAGUGUGUUUCAGUAACAUUGCCGCAACGAUCUCUUGCCCCUACUGAAUCUCGGCACCAAACCCAACCGAUUCCCCCAUAUAUCUGCCAGCCCAAAUCAUCCGGAUUCGAAUCGUGACGCAGCUUCUUCACCGAUGCUCCUUCGAUUCCACCGUCAGGAUUCGUAUACGUUGGUGAAGCUGAAGAGUGUCCUCGCUCGUCGGUGACGAGAAACAGAGCCCGCGGAAAAUGGAGUUCCAAGAAGCCGUCAUGAAGCUGACCACCCGCAAGCCCAAGGAACGAAACGGCGGCGGCGGCCCCAAGCUCAACAGGUGGGCCAUCGUCUCGUUUCGCAGGUCGCCCAAACCCAGCAAGCCGGCGAAGACCGACCCUCGUCGUCCAGAGGCCGUGCCCGACGAGUUCCUGUGCCCUGUUUCGGGGUCUCUCAUGGCCGACCCGGUCAUCGUCCCUUCCGGCCAUUCCUUCGAGCGAACCUCCGUCGAGGCCUGCAAGUCCCUCGGCUUCGUCCCGCCGGCUCUGGCCGGCCACGUCGCCGCGCCGGAUUUCUCCACGUUGAUCCCCAACCACGCCCUCAAGUCCACCAUUCUCAGCUUCUGCAGGAACCGCUCCCUGCCUCCUCCGGAGCCUCUCGAUUUGGCCUCCGCUUGUAAGCUCGUCGCGGGUUUGAUGUCCACGCGAAGCCACGAGACGGAGACGAAGCUCGCCCACGAUGCGGUUGACGAACGACGGGACUCGGUUCGCGAAGAAAGAGAAACGCCAGGUGCGAAAACAGAGUCUUCUCGGAGCCAUCAUCAGGACCCGCCAACGGCGGCUCAUUCCUAUUCGAGCUCCGACGACUCGGUGGCGACAACCCCCGCCUUCGAGUCGACCCCGCCGCUCCAGCUCACGGCCCGCCCGAGCUGCUGCUGCUCGUCGUCGUGCUCCUCCUCCGAGUUCGAGCCCACGAACCCGGAGGAGGAACAGCUCCUCGCGAAGCUCAAGAGCCCGCUGGUCUUCGACGUCGAAGAGGCGGUCAUGGCGCUCCGGGACGUGACGCGGACGAGCGAAGAGAGCCGAGUCUCGCUGUGCACGGCUCGCUUGCUCUCCUCCGUCAGGCCGCUCGUCGUCUCCAAGUACUGUGCCAUCCAGGUCAACUCGGUGGCGUCUCUGGUCAACCUGUCCCUCGCGGCGGUCAACAAGGUGAAGAUCGUGCGGUCCGGGAUCGUCCCCAACCUGAUCGACGUGCUCAAAGGGGGUUUCCCGGAGGCGGCGGAGCACGCCGCCGGCGCACUCUUCAGCCUAGCUCUCGACGACGGCAACAAGACGGCGAUCGGCGCGCUCGGCGCUCUGCCGCCGCUCCUCCACGCCCUCCGCUCGGGGAACGAGCGGGCCCGGGGCGACUCCGCCUCGGCCCUGUACCACCUCUCGCUCGUGCAGAGCAACCGGGUCAAGCUGGUGCGGCUCGGGUCGGUCCCGGUCCUCCUGGGCAUGGUCAGAUCGGGCCGCCUCGCGGGCCGGGCCCUGCUCGUGCUGGUCAACUUGGGCUCGUGCGCCGACGGCCGGGCCGCGAUGAUGGACGCGGGCGCGGUGGAGUGUCUGGUCGGGUACCUGUCGAGGGCGGCCGACUCGGCUCGGGACAACUGCGUGACCGCGCUGUACGAGCUGAGCCAGGGCGGGCUGCGGUUCAAGGGGUUGGCGAGGGCGGCGGGGGCGGCGGAGGCGCUGGAGAAGGUGGAGAGCGGGAGCUGGAGGGCGAGGGAGAUGGCGAGAAGGAUGGUGGAGAUGAUGGCUGAGAGGACGGAGGAGAUGGAAGGGGAGGAUGUGGAUUGGGAGAAGCUGCUGGAGGCGGGGACGCCGAGUCGGUGACUCGGCGGCGGCGGCGGCGGCGGGGCGGGCUAACUCGGUAUGGACUCGGUCGAGUUGUUGAUUUUCUUUUGUCAACUUUUGGAAUUUUGUUUAUGGGGGGUCUCUUCUUUUCUGGUCCCUUUUGAAGUGUAAUUAUCUGGGCAACAAUAUGCGGUGCGAUUAUGCAAAUUUUUUGUUUUCAUUUUUGCCGAUUUGGUCUUUAUUUGCGUCAUUUCUAUACUUU